AUGUCCAAAGUUCUAGUUACAGGAGGAGCCGGUUACAUUGGGUCGCACACCGUAGUUGCCCUGAUUGAUGCUGGCCGCGAGGUUGUUGUUGUUGACAACCUCUCGAAUUCUUCGGAGAAGGCUAUGAAGAGCGUCGAGAAACUCGUCGGACGCUCGAUCCCGUUCUACCAAGUCGACGUUCGUGACUUUGAUGGCCUGGACAAGGUCCUCACUGCCCACCCUGACAUCAACUCAGUGAUCCACUUUGCUGGCUUGAAGGCGGUCGGUGAAAGUGUAAAGAUCCCUCUUGACUACUACGAGCAGAACGUUGCUGGUACCAUUAACCUGGUCAAGGUGCUUGUCAAACACAAGAUCUCUACUUUUGUGUUCUCUUCUAGUGCUACUGUCUAUGGUGAUGCUACGCGUUUCCCUGAUAUGAUUCCUAUUCCUGAGGAAUGCCCUACGGAGUCUUACAGUCCAUAUGGCCGGACCAAGCUCUUCAUCGAGCACAUCUUGCGAGAUCACACCCAUGCCAAUGCUGAGUGGUGCACUGCUUUGCUGCGUUAUUUCAACCCCAUGGGUGCUCAUCCCUCCGGAGAGAUCGGUGAGGAUCCUCGGGGCAUUCCCAACAACUUGCUUCCGUACCUGGCUCAGGUAGCCACUGGCAGACGCGAGAAACUCUAUGUUUUCGGUGACGAUUAUCCUUCUCGCGACGGUACUCCAAUUCGCGAUUACAUUCACGUUAUGGACCUGGCAGAGGGCCAUAUUGCUGCUCUGAAGAAGCUGGAGCAGGUCCGCGAGGAACGCAAGUCCAGUGAAACACCCGAGGGAUUCUGCCGCGAAUGGAAUUUGGGAACCGGUCAUGGAUCUACUGUUUUCGAAAUCAUCAAGGCUUUCUCCAAGGCCGUCGGUUCUGACCUGCCCUACGAGGUUGUUGGCCGCCGCGACGGUGAUGUGCUUGAUCUCACUGCCAAGCCCACCCGGGCAAACAAAGAGUUGAAUUGGAAAGCCAAGAAGACUGUCGAUGAGGCCUGUACUGACCUGUGGCGGUGGACCAAGUCCCAUCCUUAUGGCCACGGCGAGAAGCCGUCGGACGAGUAA